GCCUCCUGUUCUUCUUUAGGUCUAUAACAAGACAGUGUGGGCUCUGAGGUAUACUGCCCUUGUUAUACGACACCCGCCAGCUCGCCACUUUACUCGGCUAUCUCGGUCCGACAUCGACGCUAGCAGCACACGCUCUCGUACACGCUGCAGUCGAUCUCUCCAACUGGAUCAGCCCUUUCAAUCAAUAGCUGACAACCUCCCAUUAUGGCGGUAUUACCCAGGCAGGAUGCGCAACCAGUCAGCGCUUCAAGCUCGUCCACGGGCAGCGCAACUUCAUCGACCUCCUCGUCGACCGAGGUAGUCACUGGCGGCGGCCAAUAUGUCGCGGGCAGUGGUUCCACAUCACUAUACCUCUUCACAUUUCUCAUUACCAUCGUCGUCCUCGCCCUCAUCUCCGGCGCCCUCAUCCUCCGAGCCUACGUCCUCCGCCGUCGGUUCCGGCGCCGCGUGGAAGAAGCUAUCCGGACAGGCAACCCCCUUCCUAUGGACGCCGCUGCUGCCCUCGGUCUAUUACCGAGAAGGGGUAAUAGGAAGAAGGAGGAGAAGGUGGCGGUGAUGCCGACGAUGUGGGAGGGCGAGAUGAGACGAGAUGUGGAGAAGGGGUGGGAUGAGGAGGAUGAGUUGCUGGAUAAAGGGCGAGGCCAGUGGGACGGUAUAAUACCAGUAGCCGUAACCCACUUCCCUCCACCCCCACCCCCUUCCCCACCCCAAACCCUCCCCCCAAUCCUCCCCCAACCCCCCUCCCUCUGGCGCCAAAUGUUCACCUCCUCCUCCUCCGCCGUCCCCUCCGAACAAUCCCUCCGCCCUGCACUCAACUCCAUGGCUUCCUCAAGAUCUGUACCCAACAUGCCUAAAGUCGUGCCGAGCUGGUCGGCGCCAGGUACGGGGGAAGAGGUGGUAGUGGGGGUGAUGAUUGCGAUGCCGUGUUUGGAGUGUGGGGAGGAGCUUUGGGAGGCAGUGGAAGAGGGGGAAGAGAGGGAUAUGCCGGAGGUUUCUUUGGGGGUCAUGAGCGCUAGGAUUGGGGGUUUAUGA